AGUUUAGUAUCUUUUCGACUCUCCAAUGGCGUUCUCUCUUUUUUUCUCUCUAUUAUUAUGUUAGAACUUGGUCUCUUUCGCUGUGUGAAAUAUCAGUGGUGCAUUGUUUGUCUGCUUUCUUCCUCUGAAUUGUUUUCAACGUACGUGUCUUGUCUUUUCCAUUUUGCUUUCGGGAAAAGGCUACUCACUUUCCGCAGCAGGCUCCCUUUUAUGAACACUUGUUUUUAUUUUUAUUUUUUUCGUUUCUCGGGGUCAAUUUUGCACUUGCUGCCGGGGCCAGAAGGAUCAGUAAAAAGUGGUGGUAGUGUGGGAUCAUUUCAUUUGGACAUGCAUCCUUUUGUAGUGAUUCUGUCAGAGAGGGAGUCGACCUCUUCUCUGCUCCACAUUUUCUUCUGCCUCUUCCCUGUUGAUGGUACGCAACCAAGACUGAGGUUCAUGAGGAUGAGUUGUAUAGAACGAGGAGGGGAAAGUGUAAGAAAUUCAUUUGGGCACGAAAUUUGUCUCAUGCAGUAGUUCAAUUGGCUCACUGUAUUGGUCAGUGUCGAUGGCAGUAGAUGAAGUCAAAGAAAGGGGAUCCCUUAAGCUAGAUGGAUGGUAGUUUUUGACAGGCAGGCACAUUCUUCCCCUGUUAAAGGGAGGAACUAAGUCACAUGGUCUCACCAAAAGAGUCACUUCAUCCAAGUCAACAUGACCUAGCUAAUGCUAUGGUUGGUCCACAUUUAUGGAUUACUGGUCUCUUCUAUCGGGCUAGCAACAAGCACCAUGGGAUUGUUGAGAAGACUACAGAUUUUAAAUUGACCCCUCUUCAACAGGAAGAGCGACUACAGAAACUUCAGGAUCGGAUAGCUGUGCCAUUUGAUGAGGCAUGUCAUGAACAUCAAGAAGCACUCAAAGCCUUAUGGGUUGCUGCAUUUCCAGAUAUUGCUCUUGAAGGCUGCAUAUCUGAGCAGUGGAAAGAAAUGGGUUGGCAAGGUCCAAAUCCCUCAACAGAUUUUAGGGGCUGUGGAUUUACUGCUCUCGAGAACCUGCUGUUUUUUGCUAGGAAUUAUCCAGAACACUUUCAGAAGUUACUCCUAAAAAGUGGAGGAGAACGGGCUACGUGGGAAUAUCCAUUUGCUGUUGCUGGCAUCAACAUCUCUUUUAUGCUAAUAAAAAUGUUAGACUUGCUUUCAGAUAGACCAAAAUCUAUCCCAGGGAUCAACUUUCUGAGAAUUUUGACAGAGGAUGAAGAGGCUUUUGACGUGUUAUAUUGUAUAUCAUUUGCAAUGAUGGAUGCACAAUGGCUUGCUAUGCGUGCUUCCUACAUGGAAUUCAAUGAGGUUUUACAGGCCACCAGGAUUCAGUUGGAAAGAGAAUUAUCACUUGAAGACGUGCACCACAUUCGGGAUCUACCAGCACACAACCUGUUAUCUCUGUAGGUUUUCUUUUAAUGCAUCAAAAUACUUUCGUAAAAUUAAAUACGAUCUGCAACACCUUUUCCUUUGUUCCUGCCA